AUGAGUAUCCCAGAGCGACGCAACACAGUUGAGAGACUCGACCGACCGAGCGCGUAUUACGUGGGAAAGAACAAGAAGCGCAGAUACAAUGAUGAGCCCGAGGAGCCAAAAGACCCCAUGGAGGGAUUGAGGGACGCAACCACCCUCUAUGUGGGCAAUCUCUCCUUCUACACGACAGAAGAACAGAUUCAUGAACUCUUCUCCAAGUGCGGAGAGGUGAAGCGCCUAGUCAUGGGCCUCGAUCGAUACAACAAGACCCCUUGCGGAUUUUGCUUUGUCGAAUACUACACGCACCAGGACGCGCUCGAUUGUCUGAAAUACGUUGGAGGAACCAAGCUGGAUGAGAGAAUCAUCCGGACGGAUCUUGACCCGGGUUUUGAGGAAGGUCGGCAAUACGGGCGCGGAAAAUCUGGAGGACAGGUCCGCGACGAAUACCGAGAGGAGUACGAUCCGGGUCGUGGUGGUUACGGACGAGCAUAUGCCGACGAUCAACGACGACGCGAGGAGGAGGAAUAUGGGGCCGGUAGGUAA